UGUGAUUGUGGCAACCCUAACACCGAUAGGCGGUAUCUGCACGUUUUCAACAAAAGUAAACAAUAUAUAAAAAUAGGAAUAUAUUACGGGCUAUGAGAUGUCGGAACCAAACGCAGAUGCGAAGCCAAACAUAUUAAUCACCGGCACACCGGGAGCGGGAAAAUCAUAUUUGUGCGAGCGUUUGGCCGAACAAUUGAAGUUCACCUGGUUGGACUGCUCAAAGAUUGCCAAGGAACAUGACUACAUUGAGGAGCACGACGAAGAAUACGAUUGUCCCAUCCUAGAUGAAGACAAGCUUAUGGACCACUUGGAACCGCUGAUGCAGAAGGGCGGCAACAUCGUGGAGUAUCACGGCUGCGAUUUCUUUCCAGAGCGUUGGUUUCAAGCUGUCUUCGUCGUCACCUGCCCCAAUAAAACGCUCUACGAUCGCUUAAAAGAACGCAACUACAAUAAGAAGAAACUCUCAUCGAAUAUUGAGUGUGAAAUCUUUGGCACUAUUCUGGAAGAGGCCCGCGAGUCGUACAAAGCUGAUAUUGUUUACGAACUAUGCGGCGAAACGGCAGCAGAUGCCGAUAAAAGUUUGAAAACAGUAAAACAAUGGUACCGCAUGUGGAAGAGAAAAUAAACAUACUCUUAUGAGGAAA